AUGAUGAUGGCGUUCCAGCAACUAGCGAUCAUGCUACUAGCGAUGCUAGCCAGUGCCAAUGGUAAACCGCUAGAGAUAGAGCAUCCACAUAGCUUCUCCAUGUUCAAGCGAGGCGUUAUGUUGGGUGACGUGUCGUAUAGUUACGCCGCAACCGACAUCGGAUCACCGGCGAAUGCACGCUACAAAACGGUAACGGUAAUCAAGAACGUGUCCAUGCCCAAACCGACCAGCAGCAUGGUGUUUAGCGAUCGGGCGGAGCAUUUCUACGACGCACUCGAGCAAGGACUAGAUGAUCAUCUCAAGAAGCGCACCCAUCAGGUGGAGUACUGGCCACCGCGCGAUGACAAUCAUUUACAGCAACAGAAGCGGAAGGAGGAGAAGAAAGAAGAGCAAAAGGUGCAGUUACCGAAGCAGUCACAGCGCGGCACUGGAACCACCGGAACCCGAAACCCCUACUAUCGUGGCCGGUUCCAGCAGGAUUUGUUGAAGCAAUCCAUUGCUACUACCACGACCACGACCACGACAAGCACCACCAUGAAACCGGCAGCCAUCAGAGAGAUGCCGGAGGAGGAGGACGCGAAACAUCCGAUCGAUUUGCUCGAGCUGGCCAAAUCUGCCGCCCGCACGCUAAACCAGAAGGCCAACGGUGCGACGGGCAACGGGAAUACCGGUCCGGUGACCUUCCCCGCAGACAGUAGCAAAACGGCCAAGAAGAAAGCAAACGGAAUCAUCAGUUUGGCCAAGGAGUACACCAGCAUAGUGACGGCCGUUCCGCAGCAACGUCAAACGAUCGUUAGCAAGCUGAAAACGAAAGUCGAUCCGUCUCCCCCACCGACGCCGAAGGUGACAUUCAAACAUUAUCCCGCCACCCCAGCGUCCAGCGAGGAGUUAGAGCAGCCUGAGGAAAUACCGCUAGUCGACUUUGAGCAAUCGGAGUAUGUGUUCAAUCACAAAACGGGACAGUUUGAAUUCCGGGCUGCAUCGAAGGCACCCAAGCAACUGCAAGAGUUUUUGCGUGCCAGUGGACCGGGCUACGGUAACCGGGAGCGGCUAACGGCCGCCAAGGAGGACACCGAUGGCUUCAGCACGCCCACCGAGCUGCUGUUUGCGGAGCUGCAGAAUGCGGUCUCGUCGCGAAACGUAACGAUGAUCAAAUCACUUGCGGGCCAGCUCGUGGAAACGAUCAACAUUGGCAAAAUCGAUUUUCAAUCACUGAAAACGCAUCCCCGUGGUAGCGGUGGCAAUGGCGAUCGCCGAUCGACGGAGCAACCGAUGAUGAUGAUGAUGAUGAUGGAAACGACCACCGGUAGUGGACGGUCGUCGAUGAUUGAUUUCGGUUAUGCCGGUGAGACGACGACCAUGGAGUACCAGGAGGAUGGUGCUGCAACUACAACCGAACCAAUGGCCAUCGCCAUGACAACGCUCGCGCCAACCACUGCGGCUACCAAGCGACCGUUGCGAUACAUUGCACCUCGGCUGCGCGGAUUUAAACGCUUUUCCUCGAAGAAGCUAAGCAACUGAAAAAUGAUCUUAUCUCAGUCUCGGACAGUCUCUCAUUUUGAUGGACAUAAAGACA